AUGGUCUUCACCCGGACUCCGCGCAGCGGCGGGAGGAGAGGAGGGGUGACAUACAACAAGUCGUCGUCGUACGGCAAGUCCAGCGGCAACUGGCGGUCCUCCGGAUACGGCGCCGGCGCCGGCACCCCGUCAUCCCAGAAGAAGCGCCUGGACGGCCUGUAUCUGGAGGGGAACUGGUACUGCAACUGCGAGCCGCGACUCCAGGCAAAGUACCUCGAGACCAAGAAGAAGGGCCCCAACCACGGGCGGUGGUUCUUCACCUGCGGGGGUUCGAGGAAUUGCAACUUCUUUCUCUGGGAGGACGACGCCAAGAACCGCUCGGGCGGGAACACGAUGACACUGCCGCCCAUGCCCGAGGACGACGACAACGACGACGAGGAUGCGGCCAAGAGCAGCAAGACGGCCACGCCUGGGCCGUUGGCUACGACUACUUCCGCCGCGGCUGCGCUUCCCACGCCGGUGACGGCCACGCCUCGACAGAGGUCCAUGGGCGAUUACCUCACCAAGCCAGCCGCAGCCGCGGAGACGCCUUCGCGGACGGCCGCGAAGAGGAAGAGGGUUCUCUUCGAGUUCAGCGAUGAGGAAGGGGAGGACGAGUACGGGAUGGACGACGUGUCGGAGGACGAGGAGCGGCAGAUGAACGAGGCCAUGGAGCGGAGCGCCAAGAAGCUCACGAACGCGCCGCCGGUGACUCCCUCGGCCAGACGGACGUCGGACGAGCAAGUCAGCACGCCUGGAACCGUGACGAGGACGCUCUUCCCCGACGCCAAGAGGAGGAACACCGGAGCCGAGACGAGCGGCUUUUCGUUCUCGGGCGCGAGCACGAGCACCUCGUCGACCAUCACCGCCGGGGGACCGUCCUCGUCGCCGCCGGGGUCGCAGGCCCGGGCGGAGGAGGAGGCGCGGGCGCUGGACCCGACGGACGAGGUCAUGGGACUGCUGAGGGGGAAGAAUGUGGACGAGGCGACGAUGGGCGAGGUCAGGGACGUUCUCCGGCGGUUCGCGAUGAAGGCCAAGGGCGUGGCCAGGGGUAGAGACAGCGUGCGGACGGCGCUGAAGAGCAAGGAUGAGAAGAUCGCGGGCUUGCAGGAACGGGUCGCGAGUCUGGAGACCCGGAACCGGGUUCAGAGGGAGGGAUGA